GUGAGAAAAAAGGGGGGGUCCCAACUAGAAUUUAUUGUUCCAACUUCUCACAUAUCCAUUUUGUUAUUCUUUUUAAAUCGAAUUUAUAGACAAUGUUCUAAAAUCUCAUGGCAAGUUUAGACAUGAUGUACAACUCAUCCGAACAAAACGGUCAUCAUCAUAAUCAUCCUCAUCAUUGUGCUCCAAUGAGUCCAAGAAUCUCUUUCUCAAAUGACUUUGUAGAUCUCCAACAAGCCAUGAAACAAGAAAGAGGUUCCAAAUCCAACAGCACACAACCAGUUUCCUCAGAUUUUGAAUUUUCUGUCACAAAUUACUCAAUGAUGAGUGCUGAUGAACUCUUCUCUAAGGGUAGAUUGUUACCUUACAAAGAUACUAAGGUGCAAAGAGGUGCUACUACUACUACUACUCUUAAACAAGAACUUCUUCAUAAUGAUGAUGAAUAUGAUGGUUUUUCUUUAAGGCCUCCAAAGGGUAGGUGGAAGGGACUUUUAGGACUUAGAAAAAGUCACAUUGGCUCUAAAAAAGCUGAGAAAAAUGAAGCUUCUGAUUUAAGAAGACCUAAUGAAGGAUCUCAAUUUAAUUUCUCUUCUCAGGAAAUGGUGAAUGAAGGAAGCUCAAGUUACUAAGAUUUGGAAAUUGGCAUAUUUAGAGGAAUGGACUAAUUUUUCUUCUUCUCUCUUUUUGUUUUUCUUGUUUUGUUCAUGAUUGGAUUUGAGAUAAGUUAAGUGAAUUUGUGUUAGGAUUUUGCUUGUUAAUUUGGAUUAUUGUUUUGUUCUCUUGUAAUUUCUGUUAGAUCCCUUAGGAAUUAGGAUCUGAGUAUUUUGUUGUACAAAUUAUUUGCAUUUUGUGUUUAAGUAUUUCACAACUUUUUGACUCUAAAAGAAAAAUCUCCUUUAUUGUUAGAUUUUUCACUUAUCUUUUUCUUGAAUGAAAUUGACAAAUGUAGAUUGUUACUAAA